AUGAAUUUGUUCGGCAACUUGGAGGAUCCUUGGAAAUCUGACCAACUUUCAGGCUCACCAGCCGCUCAAAACGAAUGGGCAAGUUUGAAUACAGAUCCGUUAACGUCUUCUGGUAUACUGGGAGCAGAGGCUAGUACAUCAAAGGUUGAGACCUUUUCAGGCCACAGAAGUAAGGAUGCUAGAACUCAAGAUGUGCAAUUUGAUACCUCUAGUUUGAUAAUGGGUCAGCAAGAUGGUGAUAGAACCGCAGGAUGGGGUGAGACUCUGGGCGACGUCAAUAAUCAUGUCUCUAAGGGUCUGUCGAAAGGUGAUAUGCUAACAGAAACACCAUUUGCAGAAUCUGCAGAUCAAUCCAAUGAGCCUCAUGCAAAGGAAGACUACGAACACUGGCUUGACGAGGUAAGGAAGAAAUACAACCCACUUUCUCCCGAUAUCAUCAUGGUAGAGGAAAUACCUGAAAGAGAAGGGCUGUUAUUCAAACAUACAAACUAUCUUGUGAGACACUUGGUGGAGCUGCCAGACACAGAACCUGCUAGUGACAAGAGCGUUGUGAGAAGAUAUUCGGACUUCGUGUGGCUACAAGAAGUUUUACUGAAAAAGUACCCUUUCCGCAUGAUUCCUGACCUACCACCGAAAAAGAUAGGCUCACACAAUGCAGACCCGAUAUUCCUAAUCAAGAGACUCAACGGGCUGUCGAGAUUCAUCAAUCUUCUCGUAAAGCAUCCGGUUCUCAAAACAGAUGACUUACUUUUGACAUUUCUCACUGUUCCUACCGACCUUCUCGGCUGGAGAAAGAACGCCAACUAUGACACCACUGAUGAGUUUACGGACAAGAAAAUAGGCAUGUCUUUCAUAAAAAUGUGGCACAAAGAGAUGGCAGAGAGGUGGAAUGAGGCAGAUGCUUCGAUCGACACGCUUUUAGAUCUCUGGGCAAAAAUCACAAUCUUGAUCGAGAGGUAUGAGAAAAGAAUGAAAUUUAUCAGCCAAGACCGAAUUUUGCUUGCAUCUAUGAUCGACGAUUUUGCUGGCAACACCACGCGUCUUUUCUCUUCCGACACAAGCUCCACUGUGCUCGAAAUAAAUGACCAUUUGAAUGUUGUAUCUAAACAUCUGGGUGCUUGCAACAAAAUAGCACUGUCCGAAAGCGAAGAGAUGAAACAGGAACUGUCGCCGCGCUUCAGGACUUUUAUAGAUAUUCUUCUCGCGCUCAAAGGGCUUUUUGAAAGAUACAAAAUAAUGGCAGGGAAUACUGUCCCGCAGCUCCAGAGACGCAUUGAACUCAGCACCGAGCGGUUGGAUCAGAUGAAGGAUAAGCCUGACUUGAAAGGCGCGGAGUACGAUAAGGUGAAACAAAGCAUUCAAAGAGACAGGAGGAGCAUCGCCCAACAAAUGAAUAAGAGCUGGCUCAUAAGGGAAUGUAUCCUUGAGGAAUAUGUUUAUUUCCAAGAAACUCAAUUCUUGAUUACAGACAAUUUUCAGCGAUGGGCGAAGCUCAAUAUGAACUACAUGGAAUUGAACUCUAACGAAUGGGAGAAAUUGUUGAAUUCCAUUGAAUCGAUGCCCGUGUCGCGAUCAUGA